GAUAUUGAAUACUGUAUAGCACCAAAAUGAGUUAUGAGCAAAGUACUGAGCACAGUUUAAAAGGAUUUAACUAUUCUUCUACAACUUCAGAUUCUCUAGAGUUGGAGCUCGGAACUCUGAAAGAAAACCUUAAUCAUUUUUUCCUCUGUGUAAUGGGAGCUAUCAUAUUCUUCAUGCAGGCUGGGUUUGCGUACCUAGAGUCCG